UCCUAGUGAUGCCUGGCCAGCAGCUGUUGCGGGUCCUGUACGCCAGCCUGGCAGUGAGAUGCGCUGGGACUUUCCGUUCUUCUCUGGCCAGUAAUCUGAGAUAUCGGCAACAGCGUCCAUAUUGCGCCAGUGAUGGAAUUUGCAGUGACGAGGUGCAGAAAGCCCAGAAAGCACAGAGUAAAUCGGCUACUAUUUUCUCCCGGAUCAUCGAGCGAUCCAUCCCAGCAGAUAUCAUCUAUGAGGAUGAGCAGUGUGUGGCAUUCCGGGAUGUGUCCCCACAGGGUCCUCUACAUUUCCUCGUCAUCCCCAGGAAACCGAUCGCCAGGAUAAGUGAAGUGACAGCAGAAGACACACAGCUCCUGGGUCACCUGCUGGUCACAGCCAGCCACCUAGCACACAAAGAGGGGCUGACUGACGGCUACAGGAUUGUGAUCAAUGAUGGGAAGCAGGGGGCGCAGUCUGUAUAUCACCUUCACCUGCAUGUGAUUGGCGGACGGCAGAUGGGCUGGCCCCCAGGAUAG